UUGAUGGAGAACAGAACAGGAGUGACACAAUUCCUCCUGCUGGGACUCACUGAUGACCCGGACCUUCAGCUUCCCCUCUUUGUCAUCUUCCUCCUCAUCUACACCAUCACCCUGGUGGGGAACCUGGGGAUGAUCCUGCUGAUUGUCCUGGAUGCUCACCUCCACACCCCCAUGUAUAUUUUCCUUGGUAAUCUAUCACUGGUGGACCUUUGUUAUUCUUCAGGUGUCACUCCAAAAGUCAUGGCUGGGCUUCUAGCAGGAGACAAAGCCAUGCCCUACAAUGACUGUGCUGCUCAGAUGUUCUUUGUUACAGGCUUUGCUACUGUGGAAAAUUACCUGUUGUCCUCAAUGGCCUAUGAUCGCUAUGCAGCAGUGUGUAAGCCCCUGCACUAUGCCACCACCAUGACUACAGGUGUGUGUGUUUGGAUGAUCGUAGGCUGCUAUGCCUGUGGCUUCAUGAAUGCCUGUAUAUAUACUGGGGAUGCAUUUGGUCUCUCCUUCUGUAAGGCUGAUGUGGUUCAUCAUUUUUUCUGUGAUAUUCCUGCAGUCAUGGUACUCUCUUGCUCUGAUAAACAUGUAAAUGAGCUGAUUCUUAUUUGCGUAGCCAGUUUCAAUAUCUUUUUUGCUCUCAUAAUCAUCUUAAUAUCCUACCUAAUGAUUUUUAUCACAAUUCUAAAGAUGCACUCAGCUGCAGGACAUCAGAAGGCCAUUUCCACCUGUGUGUCUCAUUUCACUGCUGUUUUUAUUUUUUAUGGGACAGUAAUUUUCAUGUACAUGCAGCCUAGCUCCAGUCAUGCCAUGGACACUGACAAAACUGUGUCUGUGUUCUACACCAUGGUGAUCCCCAUGCUGAAUCCUCUGGUCUACAGCCUGAGGAACAAGGAAGUUAAAAGUGCAUUCAGAAAGGUUUUCAGGGCAAAAUGA